UUUUAGUUUGAUGUAGUCCACUUGUUUAUUUUGUUUUUGUUGCCUUUGUUUUGGUGGCAGUUCAAAAAAAAAUCAUUGCCAUAACCUAUGUCAAGGAGCUUACCCCUGUGUUUUCCUCUAGGAGUUUUACAGAUUCAGGCCUUACGUUUAAGUCUUUAAUCCAUUUGGAGUUCAUUUUGGGGUAUGGUGUAAGAUAAGGGUCCAAUAUAGUAUCUUUGCAUGUGGAUAUCCAGUUUUCCCAGCACCAUUUAUUGAAGAGACUCUCCUGUCCUCGCUGUGUGUUCUUGUCAAAUAGUUGAGCAUAUAUGUGUGGGUUGAUUUCUGGGCUCUAUAUUUUGUUCCAUUGGUCUAUGUCUAUAUCUGUUCUUAUGCCAGUACCAUGCUGUUUUGAUUACUAUACCUUUGUAAAAUAAUGAAAUCAGGAAGCAUGAUGCCUCCAGGUUUAGGUUUGUUAUUUGGGGGGUGGUUCAUCAAAGGGUACAAAUGAUCAGUUAUAAGAUAAAUACAUUCUAGGGAUCUAAUGUACAGCAUGCUGAUAUAAUUUAAGAUGUUGUGUGGUAUGCUGGAGACUUGCUGAGACAGUAGAUCUUAGUUUUAUCCCACACACCACCCCCAAAAAACCUUUAGCUAUGUGAGGUGAUAGAUGUAUUAAUCAGUUUCACUGUGGUAAUCAUUUAACAAUGUAUACAUACAUCAAGCAUCACACUGUUCACCGUGAAUAUAGAAAUUUUAUUUGUAAAUUAUACUUCCAUAAAGUUGGAGGGGAUGGGAGGAAUGUGUGUCCUGUUCACAUGGAAAAAAUUAAUUACUCUAAACUGUCAGAGGUAAAGCACAGGAUUUGGGUUACUAGAAGAAUACAUUUUAAGUCAACUGUCUUCAAUAAACUCAAUGAGCGAAAGGAAACAAUGAUCAAAGAACUAGGAAACAAUGAGAAAGAUGUAUCACAAAGAGACAGAUAUUAUAAAUAGGGACAAAAUAAAAGUUCUUCAGCUGCAAAGCACAGUAAGUGAAAUGAAAAAUUAAUAAAAGAUGUCCAACAGCAAAUUUGACCAGGAGAAAAAGAAUCAGCGAGUUUUAAAAGGUUAGUUGAACUAUCCAGUCUCUGGAAAGGAAAAGAGGAGCAGAAAAGCAAAGAAUGAAGAAUAAUGAGCAAAGCCUAUGAGACUUAUGUGCAUCAGCAAGCUUAUCAAUGUACACAUAAUGACACUUGCAGAGGCAGAGGAGAGAGAGAAAGGGGCAGGAAAUCAUUGAAGAAAUGAUGCCUGAAAACCUCCAAACUCGGAGGAAAGACAUGACUCUACACACCCAAGAAGUUCCACAAACUCCAAGCAGGAUAAAAUCAGAGAUCCCCACCUAGGCACACCAUGCUCAAAUUAUCAAAAGUCAAAGACAAAGAGUGAACCUUGAAAACAGCAAUAGAAACAACUCCUCACCUACAAGUAAUCCUCAGUAAGAUUUGUGCCCAUUUCUCUACAGAAACCAUAGAGGACAGCUGGCAUUGGAAUGACAUACUAAAAGCGUAGAACAAAUGAACAAAAAUACCCUUUCAACCAAGAAUUCUAUAUGUGGGGAAAACGAAGGGGAGUUAAAGACAUUCCAAGACAAACAAAAACUGAGAGAGUACAUAGCUAGUAAGCUUGCCCUACAGAAAGUACUAAAAGGAGUCCUUCAGGCUGAAUUGAAAUAAUGCUGGGCACCUAUCUGAAGCAAUAUGAAGAAAUAAACCACAAAGGCCAAGGUAACUACACAGGAUACACAACGCUGGGCUCUUGAACGGCAUUCAGUGGACCUUUUGCCUCCCUACCCGGCCUUAGGCUGCAGGACUCAGAGUUCCAGAGUGGCUUACUUCCACAAGUUCAAAUUCCAUUACACGAAAAUGGCACGUUUCAGUCGCCAGUCACACGCCAGAGCGAUACUCAGCCCGGCGGCCGCCAUCUUCCCCGCGAUCUUCACUGCAGCCCGAUCCCGUGUGUGGCGCGUCCGUCCUGCCAUGUCUGCCACAGAGGAGCGAGGGCCGAUCCCAGAGAUCGAGGACCAGGAGGAGGAUGAGUACCAGUCAGAAGAGGGAGACGAAACUGAGGAAGAGGUCGAGGAGGAGGAAGAGACACAAGAGGAGGACGAGAAUGGGCACGAGGGCGCGGGAGUGGUCGCGGGCCACGGGCCCCCCAUGGCGCAGUUUCAGUCCCUGUUCCGGGAUCCGGUCCAUUGCCGUGUGCACCACAGCCACUACAACUACCGUGUCCUGGUCGGGCCCCACGCCGGCCGCGUGAUGGUCAGGCGCCGCUCCCGACGGCUCUCGGACCCUGCAGAGGAUGCCGCGCCUCCUCAGGAGCAGGAAGACCUGGGAGAGGCAGAACCUCCUGAGGGCAGAGAACUAGAUUCUGCUGCUGAUUUUAAAUCGGGAAAUGUUUCCCACCACCUUGUGAUGCCAAAGUCCGUAUCAUUCGACACUAAAGAAGAGAGUGCACAUCAGUAUGAAAAUGCUGAGGAAGAGAAAGAGGAUGGAAAGGAAAAAGCAGAAGAAGGACCCAAAGUGGGUACGGUCUCAGCAGAGGGCAGCUCUGGAGAAUACAGUUGGAAGGCAUAAAAAGAAGUGGACGGCGAAAGAAGAGAUGAAUUUGUUGUUCACGGAUAUUCUAGUUUUCAUUAGCCCACAAUGCAAAUUUUGUUCCAAAGUUCAGCAUCCCAAAAUGAUAUUAACUGACAUCUGACUUUAUUCUGACCUUUUACAGAUAAAUUUGAUAGUAUUGUUCACAUUGAAAAUAAAAGCUUGUUUGACAUGAAUAA